AUGCAGCGUGAAGAAUCAACUAGUACAACACCACGACCCUUUCCUACUACAGACGGCAAAGCGACACAGCGAGAAUGGCUUGAAUUUCUUUACGACCAGCUACCACACGACCAGCUACCACGCGACCGCGACCAGCCAUCAUCAUCAAUAAAGCGCCACUGUUUAUUUUCUCAGCGUUGGCGAUGGCGCUGCAACAGUUGCACUAGGGGGCUUCCUUGUGUGCGUGGAAGAUGCUUCUUGGCUACAUCAAUACGGAGGUGCAGACUCUUCUUCAUCAUCAUAUACAUAGGGUCGUCCGUCACGCUCACGGUUUCAAAUUACGAUAGCUCUACCGUCUUUGUUUUUUAUUCCGUACUUCUGAAACAGUCCACUUCCGAAAGAGUUCAUUCCGGUCGCUGGCUGUGAGUUGUGAAGCCACCCACUAGUUGAUGAUGAGGUCACGGCCAGCGGGCGCCCGUGCCUUAGCCCCUUCUAUUCCAGAACAUUAAAAGUCAUUAGCCACGCCCGGAGCGCUUCUGUAGUAGUUGACAACAAGCGACCACGAACCCGAACGACAAGAAGACCUGUAUCAAGAAAAGACAAUGUUGAGAAAAAUGAAUCCGUUCUUGCAAAGAGGGGACGCCGUAUUCUACUGUGAUGUGAUGUAUCUCUUCCGUGUAAACCAUUGAAUCACAUUAACGCAAGACACCUGAAGAAAUCGGGGCAUUUCGCUUGAUGUCCUCGUACAUGUGCGCCCAUACUUGUGCGUACCUUUUUCGUGUCUUCGGCUGCGCCACGUCCGUUCCUCUUCACAGAGCUUUUUUUUGUCUUGCGGUGACCCUGAUGAACGUCGUCGCCGUUGUUGGUGUUGUCCAAGAAACAUUUGUCAUUUAUUCUACGAGCAAGAAAUAGAAAGCAUCUACAAGUACAAAUAACAAUAAGUGGUAGAAAUAUGAAUAUCUGAAUCUGUGGACCAUUGCAGGAGCGCCAUACCAGAUCAAGCAG